AUGCUCACAUACCGAAAGUCGCUUAUUGCGGCCCUCUGUCUGAUCACCUUCGUCGUCCUUCUAAGAUCCUCCCAUUCGGCUUCCUCCCCCUCGCCGUCCCCUGCGCCCGCAUACAUCCCCGAUGAGAGCAUUCACAACACUAAUGAAGUAACGGAAGAGCACUCGCCAGGGCAGAAAAAGGAGGCCAUACAACAGCAGCAGCCCCUCAAACCCUCCCCGAGCGCACCCUUGCGCGAACGGUUGCGCUACCAUUUCCCUUACGAUCUUGAUAAGAAAUUCCCCGCAUACAUCUGGCAAACAUGGAAAUAUACCCCCGACUCGGUGUGGUUCGGCCAAGAGCUGCGCGGCGCGGAGGCAAGCUGGACUGAGCUCCACCCGGGCUUCGUCCAUCAGGUGGUUCCAGACGACACCCAAGGUUAUCUCAUCAAAUACCUAUAUAGCUCGCUUCCGGAUGUGUUUGAAGCCUAUGAGUCCUUGCCGUUACCCGUUCUGAAAGCCGACUUCUUCCGGUACCUGAUCCUGCUGGCCCGGGGCGGAAUCUAUAGCGACAUCGACACCAGCGCUUUGAAGCCGGCUGCCGAUUGGCUGCCUGCCACCUACGACUUGUCCACUAUCGGAUUCGUGGUCGGCAUCGAGGCGGACCCGGACCGUCCAGAUUGGCAUGACUGGUAUUCACGGAGACUCCAAUUCUGUCAAUGGACCAUUCAAUCCAAACCGGGACAUCCGAUCCUCCGCGACAUUGUGGCCUACAUCACGGAAGAAACUUUACGGAUGAAGAAGGCCGGGAUCCUCAAGGUCGGCAAGAUGGAUAAGACCAUCGUGGAGUUCACCGGACCGGGUGCAUGGACCGACGCUAUCUUCCGAUAUUUCAACGACCCAGAUUACUUCAACAUCGAACCCGAUUCGAAUCACAACAUCACCUACGAAGAUUUCACAAACCAAAAAGACUGGAGAAAGGUAGGCGACGUGGUGGUUCUGCCCAUUACGAGCUUCAGCCCUGGCGUGAUGCAAAUGGGUGCAGGCGAUUAUGAUGAUGAAAUGGCCUUCGUCAAGCAUGACUUUGAAGGUAACUACGCUCUGAUCCUUGCUUGUGGUACCAGUACUAACUAUCGUGGCCAGGAACAUGGAAAACGGACCCAUCAUUAUAAGAAGCUGGCUCCUACCACUCACCCCGCCAUCCAACUUACUCCAGAGAACCAAGACUUAUCAUCUUCGCUCUGA